GGCACCUGCACCCUUUCGCCGACAGACAAAAGUAUGUUGAUGUGCUGGAUACUUUAUCUCAAACUACUUAUCCUGGUAAUUGCCUAGGCAGACAGCAGCUCCAACAGCCCUGUGAAACACAGCCAGGAUGCCUAGAUGUGAAAAGCCAACUGCCUCACCAAGGAAUGUGAGAAUAGAGGUUGACAAUGAUGAAGGCAGCGCUGCUGAAAGUGAAGAAGAGCAAGAAUCUGUUCAGAGAAAGGGAGCGUCAAGUAAAAAAACCAGAGAGAAAAAUGAAGAGGAUGAAGAGGGCGAGGAUGAGGAUGAAGAGACUGCCGCAGAUCGUAGGCGAAAAUACAAAAGGCGGAGGAUGAAAGAUGGUGGAUUAGACAUCAGUGAAUCGGAUGGAGAAGGCUGCAAAAGCAGGAAGAACAGAGCCAACCAGAUGACCAAGGAUGGGGAUGAAGAAGAUGGGGAUAAAAAACGCAAGGACAAGAAAAAAGGGAAAAAGAAAAAAAAGAAAGACAAAAAGAAAAAAGGAUCAGGCUCUGAUUCAAGUUCUGAAGAGGAGCUUACAGAGGAGGAAAUAGCCAAGCUGAAGGAAGCGGUAGAAGAGAAAAAGAAGCUAAUUGCCACAUUAAGAAAUAAGCCCUGGAAUAUGAAAAAGAAACUGGAAGUCUUGAAAGAUGCUCAGCAGUUUGUGGAAAAAUUUGAAGGAGCCCUUGGCAAAGGCAAAGGGAAGAAAUUUUAUGCAUAUAAAGUGAUGAUGAUGAAAGCAUUGAUGGGGAAACCAUAUGGAAGCUUACCUAGAAAAACUGUGCCCAGAGCAGAGGAAGCGACGGCACAGAACUUUGCCACUCUGUGGGAUUUCAGUGGUCUUGCACAGUAUUCUGUCCUCUUCUAUGGCUAUUACAAUAACCAGAGAACAAUUGGGUGGUUGAAGUUCCGGUUGCCUCUCUCCUACUUUUUGGUGGGAGUCGGGUCCAUCGGUUACAGUUUCAUGGUUGUCAUCCGCACAAUGGCAAAGAAUGCCCAUGACGAUGGUGGUGGAGAUGAUAACAGUUUUAACUUCAGCUGGAAAAUGUUCACGAGCUGGGAUUACUUGAUUGGCAAUCCUGAAACAGCAGAUAACAAAUUUGCAUCAAUAACAACUAGCUUUAAGGAAGCGAUUGUGGAGGAGCAAGAGAGCCGGAAGGAAGAGAAUGUCCACUUGACCCGAUUCCUGAGGGUUCUCGCUAAUUUCUUUGCCUUUUGCACACUAGCUGGGAGUGGCUACCUCAUCUACUUUGUUGUGAGGCGAUCCCAACAAUUUGCUUUGGAAGGCCUUGAAAACUAUGGCUGGUGGGAGAGGAAUGAAGUAAACAUGGUCAUGUCCCUCCUGGGAAUGUUCUGUCCCACUGUGUUUGACGUCAUCAGUGCUCUGGAAAACUAUCACCCUCGAAUCGCCCUCCGGUGGCAGCUGGGGCGCAUCUUUGCUCUCUUCCUGGGCAACCUGUACACAUUUAUUAUUGCUCUCAUGGAUGAAAUCAAUCUCAAGCUGGAAGAAGAGAAGAUUGUGAGGCAGAACAUGACAAUUUGGCUAACCAACUUGUACAAUGGGACCCUCCCUGAAAACGUCACUGGCCCUCCCCCACAUGUGAGCCUUGCGGAUGUCCCUAGAGGCCCAUGCUGGGAAACAAUGGUUGGUCAGGAAUUUGUGCGGCUGACGGUCUCUGACACUGUGACGACCUACAUCACCAUUUUAAUUGGCGAUUUCCUCAAAGCUGUCUUUGUCAGGUUUUUCAAUUACUGCUGGUGCUGGGACUUGGAAUAUGGCUUUCCUUCAUAUUCAGAAUUUGAUAUUAGUGGAAAUGUGUUGGGCCUGAUCUUCAAUCAAGGCAUGAUCUGGAUGGGCUCUUUUUAUGCACCAUGUCUGCCGGCGAUCAACGUCAUCCGUCUCCAUACAUCCAUGUACCUGCAGUGCUGGGCUGUGAUGUGCUGCAAUGUUCCCCAUGAGAGAGUCUUCAAAGCCUCAAGAUCAAACAACUUCUACAUGGCCAUGCUGCUGUUUAUUCUCUUCCUCUCCACGCUGCCGGUUGUCUACACAGUUGUCUCCGUCCCGCCAUCCUUUGAUUGUGGUCCAUUCAGUGGGAAAACCAGAAUGUUUGAGGUCAUUGGAGAAACUCUGGAGCAUGAUUUCCCUUCCUGGUUUCGGAAGGUUUUCAGACUUCUCUCAAACCCUGGUGUGAUCCUGCCCUUCAUACUACUGAUGGUCCUGAGUAUCUACUACCUCAACGCUAUAUCAAAAGGAUACCAAGAUAUGAAUCUCGAGCUCAAGAAGAAAUUGCAAAAUCAAGCUGAGGAAAACAAGAGGAGGAACAAACUAAAGGCACAGCAAGCCCGGGGGGAGGUUGAAGAAAACCCCUUUGAGACAGCGCCCAAACCAAGCAAUCCAAAAGAGGGUCAAGAUAAAGAAAAAGGAGCGAAUGAGACCAAGAAAAAGCCAGGUGAACAGAAGGAAGACAAACCAGGUAUUGCAAAUGGAAGCCAACCUCCCUGUGGCAGAGGACGAGGGGGCCCUGCGCCUCCCCCACAGAUAGCAGUGACCCGGCCAAUGGUUCCAAGGGUCAGUGGCAUGAAUGGAUACACUCCCAGAAACCCACACUUUGCAAGCAUGCCGCCAAGGAUGCCAGGACCACCUCCAAAUUACUGA